GUGUGACAUCAUCAACCCACGCCGUAUAUUCCAAACUGGUGAGCUGGCUUUGAAUUGCAGUUAUCUUUGCAGGUGGAUUUUCCAGUUGUAAUUUUGCCUUCCACUAUCCUUCUCACCAUGACCAAGCUUCUGGAGUGGCUUCUUUGUGUGUCGCUGAUUGGCAUCGCAUGGGGACUUGUUUCCUUUGACCUUCUAGAUUUGCAGUUGCCUCCACAGUAUAAGGAGAUGGCCUGGCCGAUGCCUGUGUAUCUGCUGGUGGCAUUUGGGUGUUAUUCACUGGCGACUGUUGGCUACCGUGUGGCUACGUUUAAUGACUGUGAGGACGCAGCCAAGGAGCUGCAGGCACAGAUACAGGAAGCCAAAGAGGACUUGAGGAAGAAAGGGUUGAAGAUGUAAGAAGUGUUUGUGAAUACUAAAUAUACUGUGUUUCACACAUA